GGAUGAUUAAUUAUAAGGAAACAAAUUAAGAAGCUGAAGCUGAAGAAGCAGACUCUCUCUCUCUCUCUGCUUCAGCUUUUGUUCAGCUCUGAUCUCUGAAGAAGACGAAGACUACUGUAUACAAAAAUUGCUGCAAAUUCGCGUCAAUUUAGCUGCGUUUCGUACUUCGGAAGCUGAAACGUUGGAGCAUCGGCGGAUCCAAGUCGGUAAUUACUCAGCUUCUGGUUGUGGUGUUAAUGUGAGCUGCUCAAUUUUGUGUUCGUGGAUUGAAGCGGUUGAAUUUUACUAGUUCCGAUUGCUUUUGUGUUUGAUAUGAUGCUUAUAGUGAGAUUAUAGUCAUUGAAAUCAUGGAGGAGAUUCGGUUAUCGCCGCUGAGACAGACAAGUGUUAAGUCUUCACUGUCAGGGAGGUCUACUCCAAGGGGUACACCUAGAUUGCAUUCUGGUAGGACUCCUCGUAGAGGUCAUGUUGGAGGAGGAGCAUUUCAGUUGUUUCGUAGUAGCCGGUUGGUUUAUUGGCUGCUUUUGAUUACUCUUUGGACGUAUCUUGGAUUUUAUGUUCAGUCUAGGUGGGCACAUGAUAAUGAAAGUAAAGUUGAGUUUUUACGGUUUGGAGGCAGACCGAGAACGGAUGUUUUAUAUGUGGAGAAGAUCAAAGGAAUGGAUGCUGUUGCUAAUGAGAAUUCUGAGGCUUUGGUAAAUAUUACUGGUAAAGAUGAUGCUGGUCUGAGUAAGAGGACGGAUGUUAGUCUAAUCAAGAAAGAUGAUGGGGCUUCUCGACGGAGCUUGAGUUCCAAGCAGAAGACUAGAAAAACUGUCCGGAGUUCACGUAGUAAGGUACGUGGUAAGCAGAAGGUGAUUAAAGAGGUACUUGAGACUAAGGAUUUGGAUGCUGAGCAAGAUCCACAACUUCCAUUGACAAAUGCUACUUAUGGUAAGCUUCUUGGUCCUUUUGGAUCACUAGAGGAUAAAGUUCUUGAAUGGAGCCCACAUAGACGAUCUGGGACUUGUGACCGGAAAUCAGAUUUUAAACGCCUUGUUUGGUCGAGGAGAUUCGUCCUGCUUUUCCAUGAGCUAUCAAUGACAGGCGCUCCAAUUUCAAUGAUGGAGCUGGCUUCAGAGCUUUUGAGCUGUGGUGCAACAGUCUCUGCAGUAGUUCUCAGCAGGAGAGGUGGAUUGAUGCAAGAGCUCACUAGGAGAAGGAUCAAAGUUGUUGAAGACAAAGGAGAACUCAGCUUCAAGACUUCCAUGAAAGCAGAUUUGGUCAUCGCAGGAUCAGCAGUGUGUACCUCAUGGAUAGAUCAAUACAUGAAUCAUCAUCCAGCUGGUGGAAGUCAAAUCGCUUGGUGGAUAAUGGAGAAUCGACGAGAAUACUUUGAUCGAGCGAAACCAGUUCUUGACCAUGUGAAAAUGCUGAUUUUCUUAUCUGAAUCACAGAGCAGACAAUGGUUAACAUGGUGCGAGGAGGAGCAUAUAAAGCUUAGAUCACAACCAGUGAUUGUUCCACUAUCUGUUAAUGAUGAGUUAGCUUUUGUAGCUGGGAUUCCUUCUUCACUCAACACACCAACACUUUCACCAGAGAAAAUGAGGGAAAAGAGACAAAUAUUACGCGAAUCAGUGAGAAUGGAGUUAGGAUUAACAGAUGCAGAUAUGCUUGUGAUGUCUCUUAGCAGCAUAAACCCAACAAAGGGGCAACUUCUUCUCCUUGAAUCUAUCGCCUUGGCUCUUUCUGAGAGAGGAAAAGAAUCUCAAAGAAAUCACAAGGGGAUCAUUAGGAAAGAAAAGGUUAGUCUCUCCAGCAAACAUCGUUUAAGAGGUUCAUCACGACAGAUGAAAAGUGUUUCUCUCACACUUGACAAUGCCGUGAGAAGCGAGAAGCAAGAACUUAAAGUUCUUUUAGGAUCAGUGGGUUCAAAGAGCAACAAAGUUGGAUAUGUUAAAGAGAUGUUAAGCUUCUUAUCAAAAAACGGAAACUUAUCUAAGUCAGUAAUGUGGACUCCCGCAACAACUCGUGUUGCUUCAUUAUACUCUGCAGCAGAUGUCUACGUUACAAACUCCCAGGGAGUUGGUGAAACAUUUGGUAGAGUGACAAUCGAAGCAAUGGCUUAUGGACUUGCAGUAGUGGGAACAGACGCAGGAGGAACCAAAGAGAUGGUUCAACACAACGUGACUGGUCUACUUCACUCAAUGGGACGAUCCGGUAACAAAGAAUUAGCUCAUAAUCUCUUGUAUCUACUUAGGAAUGCAGACGCGAGGCUACGAUUGGGAAGUGAAGGACGCAAAAUGGUUGAGAAAAUGUACAUGAAGCAACAUAUGUACAAGCGAUUCGUCGAUGUUCUAGUCAAAUGUAUGAGACCAUAAAAAACACUUUGAUUCUUAUCAAAUUUGAAUUUAUUUUCCUUUAAUCCUUUUUUA